UUUUCUUUUUUUUUCUUUGGUUUAUUUCUGUGUGAUUUUUCUUUUUCUUUUUCUUUUUCUUAGCCUUUUCUCUCUCAAAAUCUUCCUAGAAAAAAUGGACCCAUAAGAUAAAUUAUCACCAUUUUUAUCUACUUUUCAAUGAAGUUUCAGAAAAACCCAUUUCAAUUUUUUUCUGCUUCUCUUUUAAGAGACUCUUCUUCUGAUCUUCUCUGUUUCUGAUGCAUUUUUGAAGCCUUUUUUCAAAGGAUACCCACGUUUCAGUUUUUCUUCGACUUCGCAAAAAACUAAGUCAAUGAGCUCAGAAAAGUUGCUUUUGGUUUUUUAAGGUUGCUUUUGUCAUGGUAUGGAGAUCGUCGGUUUAAAUUUAUUGUAUUAUCAAUUGAAAUUCGUGCUCCAACUUUUAUGGCAACGUUAGGAAUGCAAGCAGGCAUGCAGCUCAAAAGCCAAUCCCCAGGAUGUUACACUUCUUGGGACCUUAAUUUGGGUGCUAAUGGCGCUGUAUGGCCCACAGAUGAUGUUGAUAGAAUCUCAAGGAAUAGACAAUACUAUAAUGGUACUUUGCCAUCGUCUUCAGAUUUGAAUAUGUUUUACAACAAGGAUCUACUAGCGCAGACAAUGCUCAAGCAUGAAGCAGAAUUUAGGGAUCAGAUCAAUGAACUCCAUCGGCUUUACAGGAGACAGAAGGAAUUAAUGGAUGAAAUGAAAAAGAACGACUUAUAUAAACAUCAUCACAGUCUGGAGACCUUACAACCAAAUCAUUUUUUGCCUCCAGUGUCAUCUAAUUAUGUACCAACACCACACCAAACCUCUACCUCUACCUCUACUAACCUUGUACGUUGUCAGCCCCCUAUUUCAGAAGCUAAAGGUAGCAUUUUGCCUUUGCAUUCUUAUGAUGGAAUUAGAGGGCAAACAGGUCUUGAACCUACUUGUAUUUCAAGUUCUUCAAAGGCCUCGGAGUUCAUGCAGUCCAAUUGCAAAAAGUUUGGCAAAAAGAUCUUGGAUCUUGAACUGCCAGCUGAUGAGUACUUUGAUAGUGAAGAAGAGGGAUUUUCUGAAGUGAAAAUGGCCCCUGAAGUGACUGAUAUACCAACUAAUGCUCUAAAGAAAAUUCCUGAGGUUAGAGAUAGGGGUGAUAAAGAACUAUCCAUUUGUAGCAGUGGUUGCAACUCUGUUUUCCCUGAAGGCAAUUUUAUUCAUAGUUCCAUUUCUUUGAAGAAAAAUGUUAUGGCUGAUUUAAAUAUUCCUCUCAAACUAGAGGAAGAUAUAAUUCCUGAGUCCAGUGAAUUUCAGGAUCCUGUUGUUGGCCACAGGGAAACUUCAUUACAGGACCCCUAUGGAAAAUCAAAUUCAAACUUUCAAGUUCUGUCCAAAGAAGUAAUUCCAAAUAGCCAGAUAAUGAAGGAUCCAGAAGCUCAAUUGGAAAAUUUACUCCUUAACGAGCACAAAUUGCAAAGAGAAUGCAUAUCUUGUAAUGAUAAAGCUGGGCAAGGCAGAAAUGAUUUGAAUUCUUUCCCUCAAGAUCUCUAUACUGAAAAAUCAUCAAUUGAGCACAUUAACAAUGAACAAGCUCAAGAUUGUGCAAUAUGUCAUGGUUUGGACGAGACUGAUGGAAAGCUAUGCAAUGAAAAUUUACAGCAUGUUGCAAGAGUUGUCUCUGCUAGUAACUAUAAACCAGUUGCUACUUCAGACAUGUUUAGCUCAUACCAGAUUGUUCCUUUGGCUGAUACGAUGAAGUCUGAAUCAUCCUCUGUUUCAUCUGGUAGACAUGCCUUCAAGCGGAGCCCUAUAGCAGUUCAGGCACUUCCAUGUUUUAAGAGAAAAAGUUCUAAAUCAUUUACUGUAAGCCCUGGGCUUGCUGGAAAUGAGCUUUGUCUUGGCAAAAAUUCGUUAUCUACCUUCCUGCAGGCCAGCUCGCAGACAGAUUUCCAGCUGGAGUGUCAGUCACCAUCUACAAGUUCUCUUUUGCUGAACUGCAAUAAUGACAUUAACUUUGCAUUUGAGCAUAGUCCUGUGAAAUACACCAAGGAUUUUGAGCAUGUGAGGUCCAUAAAGAGUUCGGAUCUCAAUUUUGUCUUGCCUAGUUUCUCCACUAAUGUGGCUGGUUCACAAGAUGCUUCUCAUAGACAUGGUGAAAAUACACUUGAAAAUUCAACUGUUUGUUAUCCUAACACUGCUGAAAUGGCAGUACAUGAUACAAAAUCAGUUGAAAGGGGAGACCCAUCAAUCCCACUGGAAUCUGCCCUUGAACAAUCUAAUUCCCAGUGUGUCCAUGAUGCUGAGUUGGAGAAGGUGGAGGCAAGCAACUCCCUGGAUUUUAAGAGGAUACUCGGAUUUCAUUUGUAUAACAAGCCUCCCAUUGCCAAUGGCCAGUGCUCAUCUCAUGCCUUCCCCUCCCGAAACCAUCCCAAUUCUUGUGUAGAAGAAGACAUCAAAGACAAAGUGAAAGAUAGGAUACCUGAUAUAAACUUGGAAUUUGAUCAUCUGCCUGACUCAGAAAAAGAUCCAGCUAAAACUAAGUCUGUCACAGAAAUUGAACCUUGUGAAAAGUAUCCAGGUUAUGGGGUAAUUGACCUGAAUUCUUGCUUAUCUAUGGAUGAGUCUCUUCUAAUGCCUUCACAUUCAACAGAAAUAGAUUUGGAGCCACCUGCAAGUCCAGAAAACAAGGAAUGUUCGCCACCUAGAGGGGAAUCUAAUGAAAACCAGCUUGAGACACCUUUGCUAUCUUCAGGACAAGAAGAUGGGGAUCUGCAAGAGGAGCUAGUCAGGAAUGCAGUGGAGGCUAUAGUUUCCAUUUCUUCAUCUGAGACCCAGACUUGUUUAGACAGCACCACUUGUGAACCUUUUAAAGCUUCUAAUUCUCUCUAUUGGUUUGCAAGGGUUGCUUCUUCUGUAGUGGAUGAUCCAGGGAGUGAAUUUGGAGUUAACAUAGGUGUUAAGGAUUACGGUGAUCAUGAGGAGUAUCUAUCCGAUGGAAUUGAUUACUUUGAGGCCAUGACAUUGAACCUAACAGAGAUAAAGGUAGAAGAGUCUUGGUGUAAAAGCAAUGGCCUAAAAGAGGAAGAAUCUUUUUUGACAAACCAACCAAAGAAGGGCCGAACGAGGAGGGGAAGACAGCAGAGGAAGGACUUUCAAAGUGAAAUUCUUCCAAGCCUUGCCUCUCUUUCAAGGUACGAGGUCACUGAGGAUCUUCAGAUGAUAGGAGGGUUAAUGGAAGCCGCUGGUGCUCAGUGGGAAAGUAGUUAUUCAAGAGAUGCAGGUAGAAAUGGAUACACAAAAGGGCGGCGACGGUCUAAUGCACGUGCUUCCAGUGUAAUGGACAGCGGGAUGAACAUGUUGCUGAAGCAGCAGUCUGGUGAUAGUGAAGCAGGUAUCCGGCAGAGAAGACUAAUAGAGUGGGGGAAGAUAACAAGAAGACCACGGGGGCCAAGAUGUCCAUCCAGUAAUCCUCGGCUUAUAUUAAGCCAGGUAUAGAAAGAGUAAGUUUAAAAACUUUUGGGGUUAGCUUAACAUGUGAUUAUCAUGUACAUCUCAACUAAAAUCUGGCAUACCAAUUACAUUAAAUAGGAGAAUAGAAGUCCAUUUUCAACUUUCAAUGGCUUUUGGUCUUGGUAUUGGUCUGGUGAAUGAUGGGAUGUGAAUAUGCUCUUUUGAACCUAAGAGUUUGUUCUAAACUAUAAUUGAAAAUCAACCUAAUAGCAAUGUGUUUUGUCCAUUGAGGCCUCUAGAUUUGAAAUUUCCUCUCGAGCUGUGGAAUGCUUUCUCAGGAGACCCUGUCAGGAUGCCAAUUACUUUCU